CAGCGUUUGCUUUUAUGUUCUGCCAAAGGGUUUGUCUUUUUUAGUUUCCUCUCACUUUGGUUUCUAUAACUGUUAUAACUCUUCUUUUUAAGUUGUUACAAGCGGAUUAAGGCGGUUUUAUUUUGAAAUUAUAACCGGAAUUAAUUUUUUUUUCUGGCUAACUUGACAGACUCGAUGUACGUGAAAGUGAAACUAAAGUGAACCCGGAUUUGCAGGGGAAAACCACCGAUUUUAGCUCACUUUGGUCCGUGUAAUAGCAGAAAAGAAGAGUAUCUGACAGCAAAGGGGAGACGUACAGCCAUGACAAGUAUUUCUACAAUUUAUAAACUGUCCCUGGUUGCUGUUACCUGCUUCAUCCAAGCCUGCAGCAGCAGCUGUCCGGUGCUGGACUGCUGGUUUGUGCAGGAGAAGGCAGGUCGAGGAGGAGGUUUAACUCCACCUACAACCCAGGAAAAAUCCCUGCUUUACAUCAGAACGGACGCAAACAGCCACAAUGCAGCGAACCACCAGGCUCCAUCUGACAUAAACCCGGACAGAAUCUUCUUUAUUACAGACCCAGCUGCCACCCUCUGCCACCACUCUCUCAGCCCUCCCAAAGGCUCCAUCAAGAAGCCCCAGUGCGAGAUCAGCCCCUUCCUGCAGCAGCCCUCCACCCUCCAGUGGGUUGCUCCACUCACAGACUCUGCCUUCAGCCCCAUAUACUUGCAAGCUGACUGGUUUUCAGUUGCACUGCAGGGGCUUAAUAAAGAGCGGGUCAUUUCCAGCAUUGUGCGUGCUCCCACAGGAACCAAAGAGAGCAAUGUGAUCCUGAGUGUGACCAGUAAAACAAUCUCCGUGCAGGCCAGACUCGGGAAGCCAGCGCUGCUGGACUGUGGCUUCUGGGUCGACCCUUCUUCGCCUCUGUCCGGGUCAGGUUUUGCUGUUGAGUGGCGCUACCAGUUCAGAGGCAAAGGACGACUUGUUCUAGCUUACGAUGGCAAGACAGACCGUGUGGCUGAUGCUCAAGAGGAAGGGGCCACACUGGACUUUGAGAGUUUGCACAAGAAAAGAAAUGCAUCCCUGAUCCUACAGGAGGCUAAAGUGCAACACUCUGGGACGUAUAUUUGUACGGUGUAUCUGCCGUACCUUCUGGCUCAGGUGGUGGUGGAGCUUGAGAUUGUAGAACCUCCAUCCCUCUCCAUCCACCCCUCCCCUCUUCCCCUCAUUGUCCCCGGCCAGACUUUGACUGUCCAGUGUGAAGCGUCCGGCUUUGCCCCCCUCUCCCUGGAGCUGAGCUGGGAGUUUACGGGUGCAGAUGGAAAAUCCAGGCCCUUGGAAACAGGCAGCAUAACAGGCCACAGGCAGGCCUGGGAUGGCACCUACAGCCAGAGCACCCGGCUGGAGCUCGACACCUCUAAACUGGACUUGGGCAGAGGAGGAGAGCUCACCUGUGUGGCUGUCCACCCUGGAGGCACACGACGGGCCAGCACGACUGUCAGUGUCAUCGGGUUCAGUACUCCCUCUAUUGAGGACUCAAUGGCGAUGGUUGGUGUGGCGCUAGUGCUCUAUGGUCUGAUCAAGUUUGUUUCCUGGACCUUUACCAGCUCAGGCUCAGGUGAAGCUGAUAAACAAGAAAAGAAAAAGGAUUAAAGAAGAACGAAGUCAAAUGAUGCUGAAGUGUGACACUGAACCACCAGAUCUGUCUGUUCUGAUGUCUCUCAAGGGCGUUUCACGAGUGACCGUUGACCUGCUCAUGCUAACAAUUAUGUUUAGCUUUGUGAUAAAUCUGUGGCCAUGAAAUUUUUAGCUUUGUUUUCUAUAGAUCUUGUGGAACACCUACUUGAGCUUACACUCUGAAUUCUGUUUAAGUUGUUGUUUUCACUAUUUUGCUCAAAUAGUAACAACAGACAGGAAUCAGGGAGAAGUUUGUACCAAUAUCUAUAUACCACUGAAGGAACAGAGCUGUGUGUGCGUGUGUGUGUCUAUCUGUCUGUCUGUCUGUCUCCAAUAUCUCAGCCUGCACCUUGAACAAUCCCGGACAGUAAAGUCUGUUAGACUAAACUGUACAAACUUGCAAAUCAAUUCUGUUUUUCUUUAUACAUGAAAAAUAAUGUAUGUAUAUUUAAAAAAUUUUCAUUUUUGCAUUAUGGUGGUAUCAUCAUCACGUUUCUUAUUUUUAUUGUAGUUUGUCUGAGCAUC